AUGUUCUUCUCCAAAUCCACCACCACCCUCAUCCUCAACCUCGCCCUCGCCACCGCAACCAACCUCUUCAUAGCCGACUACUCCGGCUCCAUCACCACCCUCUCCCUCACCGAGUCCCAAGGAAACUACACCGUCACCACCACCUCCACCAACCACGCCUGCGCCCCGAACCCCUCCUGGCUCACCCUCGACGCCGACCGCGGACUGCUCUUCUGUCUAAACGAAGGCCUGGAGACCCGCAACGGCUCGCUGAGCUCCUUCACCGUAGGCGCGGAUGGGGAGCUCACGCACGUGAAGAACGCGACUACGAUCAACGGGCCUGUAAGCGGCGUUAUCUACGGGAACGCAGCAGGGAAGCGCGCGAUUGCUUUGGCGCAUUAUGCUGGGUCGGCUGUGAGUUCGUGGGUACUGGGGGAGGGUGGCGAGUUCACGCAUCUUCAGGAUAUCACGUUCUCACUUCCUAGGCCGGGGCCGGAUCCCGUGAGGCAGGAUGCGCCGCAUGAGCAUGAGGCGAUUGUGGAUCCGACGGGGCGGUAUAUUUUGGUGCCGGAUCUUGCGGCGGAUCUUGUGAGGGUGUUUUGCUGGGAUCAGGAGACGUUGAAGCUCGAGGCGCUGGAUCCGUUGGAAGUGGCGCCGGGGUCGGGACCAAGGCACGCUGCGUUUUGGAACCCGUAUAGUGUUGCUUGCGAAGGGUGCACGACGUAUUUGUAUGUUGUUGCGGAGCUGGCGUCUACUGUGAUGGGCUACGCGGUCACGUAUAAGCCCAACGGCGGAGGCUUGUCGUUCAAGGAAGUCUACAACAGCUCGACGUACGGUUUGCUCAACCUCCCUCCUGGCACUGCACCGGCGGAAGUGCACGUCUCGCCGGAUAACAAGUACCUCACCAUCUCGAACCGCAUGGACAAAGCGUUCACACUGCCUCAACCGGACGGAUCAAUCUUACAUUCUGACAGCCUGGUUACCUUCGUCCUCCAAGACGACGGUUCAUUGGUCUGGCACCAGAUAUGGCCAGCAGGCGGUUCCAUCCCAAGACACUAUAGCAUGAAUGCGCCCGGCACGUUGGUAGGGGUGGGACUUCAGUAUGACCAGACUGUUGCGAUUCUGCAGCGCGAUCCCAGCUCAGGAUUGAUCGGGGAGCCGAUUGCCAGGGUGAAGGUUGGUGGGAAUGUGACUUGUGUCGUGUUCGAUGAGCAGAAAGCUUUGGGUAGACUUGGUGGAUAG